GGAGGCGGGAGUGGGACAUCAGAAUUGUUGAUGCUCACUCACCCAUAAAACAUGAUUAGUAUUCAAAAAAAAAAAAAAAGAUUUGAUUAGAAAUGAAAACAAUGAUUAAAGAUUUUAUCAUAAACUGAUACCCUUGGUUGGUGCCUGGGUCUUGGUCUUGAUAUUUUAAGUUAGUUAAUACCACCCUACUACUAUGGUGAAGAGCUCUUGGGAGGGUUUUAGGGGAUCUUGGUGUGCCUCCAAUUUACCUUGAUGCUUAAGUUUUUCAAAAUCGCAAUCGAAGAUUAACCCAACUAGGGUCCCAAGCUAAGGUCAAAAUGUUAUUUUUCCAACAUUAUGAUCAGGGAAUACUGUGAAAGUUACAAGGGAAACAAAGUGUAAAGAAACCAGCUUUACCAGGUCUGCUUUAAAACUUUGCAGUUGACAUGAUAGGGCACAUUUCAUUCUUGUUCCUUCGGUAGUAAAUCUCUGAUCUUGGCUCCAACUAAAUAAGUACCCGUGAAAUUAAAUCAAUGAAAAAUUUCAUCAACAGUUGUAAAGCGUGCAUUAACUAGAAUUUCUUCUAUGAAUUUCAUAAUUAAUGGCAAUCAAUGGACUUCAUACACACUCUUAGAUAACCCAGAAAGGGCCCCUUCUGCUAACUUUGGACUUUGAUAAUGGUGACAAAAGAACCCUAGUAAUGAUGAAGAUGAACUCCGCCGCUCCAGAAAAAGGGUCGUUUUCCUAUUUAUGUAUAAAGCACAUACGUGCGGAAAAGAAAUUUAAAGCAGCAAUGGAGUUAGUGAUGACAAAAAAUGAUCAUUGGGUUUUAAUUGGCAUAUAGAAUUUGUACACAUCCCCCAUUCCCACAAUAAAAAGAAUCAUGCACCCUACUUUUUCGUCCUUGUUAAAUGCGUACUGUGCUGUUGUACCUCCUCUUCAUCACCAUCGUCUUAUUCUAGCUUUCUUUGCUAAACUAGAUUCUCCAUUGGUAGCCGAGCUUGAAAAUGAGCUCUUGUAGUUUGAAAUGCUCGACGAAUCGACAUGGGUUGGAGAACAUAGACGAAAAUGGUGGCACCAGUAUUGGAGCGGCGGGUUUAUGUGCCCCGCCACCUGAAACUCCGACGGAGUCCAUGGAGUUUCUGGCGAGAUCAUGGAGCCUCUCGGCCAUGGAGAUCUCCAAAGCUCUUUCCCACUCACAUGUUGCUUCUAAGAGUCUUGAGAAUAAGUCAGCAUUCUCUUAUGAUGGUAUUGCUGAAACUCGCCAUUCAAGUUCCAUGCGUUUGAGCGAAUCAUCUCUGCCUGGUGGACUUAGCCCUCCGAUUUCGCCAAGAAACAGUGAUGAAAUGAAGGAGUUGUUUUUACUACAUCAUGCACUUCAUCCAGAGUUCCUUUCCAGUCAACAUCAAUUGAUCAAUAAUGGGCUAUACAAGAGCAUGUUGAGAGGUAAAACAAUGGGGAGAUGGUUAAAAGAUCAAAAGGAGAGAAAGAAGCAAGAAAUGAGAAGCCAAAAUGCCCAGUUGCACGCGGCAGUUUCUGUGGCUGGAGUUGCUGCUGCUGUAGCAGCACUCGCAGCUUCAGCUGCAUUGCCUGAAACUGAAACAUCAGCUGCCAGUGCCCACCACAAAGCAGCAGUAUCCGAGAGGACUGAAAUUUCGACUGCACUAGCAUCUGCAGCAGCUCUGGUAGCUUCACGCUGCAUCGAGAUUGCAGAGGAGAUGGGAGCUGAUCACGACCAUAUUCUAUCAGUUGUCAGUUCUGCAGUUAACGCGAGGACUAAUGGAGACAUCAUGACCUUAACAGCUGGAGCUGCCACAGCUUUACGAGGAGCUGCUACACUUAAGGUAAGGCUACAAAAGGAGUAUGGAGGCACCACUUUUGCACUGGCUGAGGAAAAAUGUGAUGGAAAAGAAUCAAACUCAGCAUUGAACUUUGUCUCAAAAGGAGGGGAACUUCUGAAACGCACAAGGAAAGGUGAUCUCCACUGGAAACAAGUUUCUUUCAACACCAACUCAAAUGGGCAGGUUGUAGCCAAAAUGAAAAGCAAACACAUGGCGGGAACAUUUACAAAGAAGAAGACAUGUGUAGUCUCUGAAGUCUACUGUGACAUAGCAGCGUGGCCAGGAAGGGAGAGGGAAGAUUGCAGCAAACCAAGGGCAUACUUUGGCAUCAAAACAGCUGACAGGACAAUAGAAUUUGAAUGCAGAAGUAAAAGGGAUAAGCAUAUGUGGACUGAGGGGAUUCAGAAUAUGUUGAAUUUCAUACCAACAUAACAUGAUUCUAUGAAACGUUACAAUUUGGAUUGAU